AUCCCUGAAAAAAUUCCUCCAAGGGAAAAUAAUUCCACGGAACCUUUUCCUAUCGGGCGACUUUCUUCACGACUUCAAGGUAUAAGUUGAAAGAUAUAAACCAUGUUUGUGCCAGUAUUUACGCUCAAUUUGAACCAAAAAAUUCUGCCUGGAAGAGUGGCCAUCGGUGAAUUUGAUGGGAGACAUCCGUGUUUGGCAGCGGCCACCACCGCCGAAAAGGUGUUCAUCCACAACCCCCAUCGAGUUAAACAUGCCAAUAUUGGUCGAAUGGAAGCCAAUAAGAACAAUCAAGAAAUGUCGUUUCUUAAUAUUCAACAACGGGUGACUGCACUAGCCACGGGCAAACUCAAAGCCGUUGACUCCGACGAGGGCGAUGCUCUUGUUGUUGGAACGCCUACAAAUCUUCUGGCGUAUGAUGUGGACAAAAAUGCGGAUCUCUUUUAUAAGGAUGUUCCGGAUGGCGUUAAUGUGAUCGCUGUCGGAAACAUUGGAGACGAAGACUCCAAACCUCUCGCCAUUGUAGGGGGAAAUUGUUCUCUGCAAGGGUUCGAUCAUGAGGGUAACGAUCCAUUUUGGACCGUCACAGGGGAUAAUGUGUCAGCUCUAACUCUCAUGGAUUUUAAUAAUAACGGCAGAAAAGAGUUAAUUGUUGGGUCGGAGGAUUUUGAGGUUCGCAUCUUUUCACAAGAUGAAAUCUUGACCGAGAUCACCGAAACCGAGGCUGUUACUGCUUUAGUGCCUGUCCAAGACGGUCGUUUUGGGUAUGCUCUGGCCAAUGGGACCGUGGGAGUGUAUGAGAAGACCACGCGAUGGUGGAGGAUCAAGUCCAAGAACAGUGCCUCGGCGAUAUUCAGUUAUGAUCUGGAUGGUGAUGGAGUCAAAGAGCUCAUCACGGGUUGGAGCAAUGGCAAACUGGAUGCGAGGAAUGAUCGAUCGGGGGAAGUGGUGUUCAAGGACAAUUUCAACCAUUCAAUUGCCGGUUUGGUCGAGGGGGAUUAUCGACUGGACGGGAAAAUGGAACUCAUUGCGUGUGGAAGUGAGGGUGAAAUUAGAGGAUAUCUUCCCAGUAAUGCAGAGGUCCGGAGAGGAGCCAUGGACAUGAACAUGGAGCAGGAGUCACUCAGAGAGUUGGCUCAACGAAAAAAUACCCUUCUUCUUGAAUUGAACAAUUACGCCCAAAAUAAACGAAUUUCCGUCGGUGGAGCAUCGAAUCUGGGCGGUGUCCUACCUUCGGCUCGAGGCAUGUCCACCAACGAUUUGGGAAUCAUUCCUGCCCAAACCCAACUUUCGACCUCCUUAGCCAUUAACUUGGGCACAGACACACGUCCGCCUCACGUUGAAGUUAGUCUAUCGACAUCUAACGAGACCGUCAUUCGAGGGAUUCUAAUUUUUGCCGAGGGCAUCUUUGAAGGCGAGUGCCACGUUUUACACCCAAAGGAUCCAACCACGUCCAUCCAUGUGCCCAUUUUUCCAGCCAAGGAUAUUCCUAUUGAUCUUCACAUUAAGGCCUUCGUGGGACACAAGGGGAGCCAACAGUUUCACGUGUUUGAAUUAACAAGACAACUGCCACGAUUCUCCAUGUACUGUCGGUUGCUUGAGCCAAGUUCGGAACCUUUGCCGCCCAGUUGGGUCGAGUUCAAGAUCAAUGAACGAUCUGCCCGCGUGGCUUUGUGGCUCAACCAAAAUUUUCUCAUGGGCGAUGAUCUGGAGGCUCCGGCGGAUGGCAAACUUGACAUAUCUUUCUCCUCUCUGAGGAAAAAGGACCAAGAACUCCAUUUCCACAUGGAAGCGGACGGGACAGUCCGAAUACUUUGCGAUAAUAUGGACCUAUGUGGAGACCUUAUCCAGUCUCUGGCCGAGUAUUUAGCAGUAGAUGACUUGCGAUCCAAUUGCGAUUUCCCAAUAGAGCUGAAGAAACUUGAGAGCUUAAUCGAAAGUGCUGAAGAGCUGCAAAGCGUUAGACAGAGACUUUCGGCCGAAAUGGCCGAUAAUUCAGGAAUGAUUCGAACACUCAUCGUGAGGGCGGAAGAUUCCAGGCUCAUGUUAGAUAUGAAAACGAUGAAGAAUUGGUACACCCAACUCAACGAUAUCAAUCGGGAUAUGAUUGCCGGCUACAAGAUUCGGUGUAAUAACCAUCAAGAGCUCAUGGAGUCCUUGAAAAAAGUUAACCAGAUUAUUCAAAAAGCCGGGAAGCUACGGGUUGGGAAGUCAAAGGCCAAUCUGGUUAGUGAAUCCCGCAACGCCAUCAAAGAGAACAACGUCGAACUUCUCAUUAAAGUCAUCAAAACAGGAGACACUUGAGCGAGCCAAACGUCAUUGUGAGGCAGAUUCGUCAAUUGUGAUCAGUGACACACCAAUACCAAUAAACAGGUUUAAAUAAGGUUUA